UUAAAACAGCAUUUUUCUGUGAUAUUUGUUUGUACUAGUUUGUCCUGUUUUAAAUCAUUAAUAUUAGCAUAAUUCGUGUAUAAUUAUGUCAAAAUUGAUUGUUUAUCGUAAAAUAAAUUGGAAAAUUGAUUGUAUAUCGCGAGAAUUACUCUGUAAAGGCAGUAAAUAUAAGAGCGUUAGCAAAACAAUUACUGUAAAUCUUCCAGGCAACAAUCAAACUCAAUGGAUCAUCGAGUUCUCUCCAAACUUAAAUCCUUGCGAGUUUAGCAUAUUCAAAUUGCGUGUAAAUAAAGACAACGUAUUCCUUAAAGCUAGUUUAUUUGUUGAGAAAUAUGAUGGAACUUUGCAAUACAUUAGCUCUAGUCAUGGAAAUUCGUGCGAAUUUGACGAAGAUGAAGGAUUUACCUUUCCAAAUAUGUUCAGACCACAAGACAUGCUUGCACAGAACACUUUUCUAAAAGAAAACACUUUAUCUUUUAUUAUUGAGUUAGAGCUUGAUGAAGUGGAUCUUGAACCGACAAAAUCAUCUGACCAGUUAAAUAAAGGAUUAUUAAGCUUGUCAGAUUUUGAAAAGAUUCUGUCAUUUGAAUUGAGUGAUUUAACAAUAAUCUGUUCUGAUCAAGAAGAAAUUAAAGUCCACAAAUUCGUACUAGCACUUAAAUGCCCAAUUCUGAUGGAAAUGCUUGAAGCUGAAGCGACAGAUUGCGGAAACAAUAAGAUAAAGCUCAAUGAUAUCGAUUCGAAAACUAUGAAAGCUCUUGUACUUUAUCUUUAUACUGGAGAUUUAGUUAUUAAUCAAAGCAUGUCUUCGAAACUUUUGUAUGCUGCUGAAAAAUUUCAAUUGAAUAAUCUGAAGACUAUCUGCAUAUCCAGCUUGUCUGAAAGUCUUGAAUUAGAAAAUGUUUUGGAAACACUAAUCUUGGCUGAUCACUACGAAGAGAAGAUUUUAGAAGAAAACUGCAUUGGAUUCAUUAAAAUGAAUUUUUAUAAACUUAAAGAUGCUAAAGAUUGGAUUAAGUUAGAUAUGAGACAUGCUUUAAAGAUAAUGAUUUCACUCGAAAAGAACCCAAUUACUUUCAAUAUUACAAGUUCCUUAAAUUAAGUAUAG